AAAAUAAAUUUCCAAAAAUCUUAAGAGUGCUUUAAUUUUAUCAGAUUAUCAUAAAUCCAAUGGGAGAAAUUAUAAGGCGGUGAUAACUUGGUGUAAUUAGGAAAUUACAUAUCUUGUAUGCUACGUCACCUUUGUUAAGUUUCCUAAUUUUUUAUUUUUUUUUUAAAAGAAAGUUUCCUAAACUUUGCAAAAGUUGUAAUUCUUAUAGAAUUAGGUUACUUUAAGGCGGUUUAAGUUUCUCUAUAUAUACACAUAACAUAUUACAGUAAGGCCAACAAAAAAAUACGAAAGAAAAAAAUUUAGAUUGAUUCUUAUUCUUAGCAAGAAAGAAGAGAGGAAAAAAAAAAAGUCUACAACAAUGAUCGUUUACGAGGAUAUCAUUAGUGGCGACGAGCUUUUGUCCGACUCGUACCGCUGCGACGAACUCUUCAAUGGAUGUCUUUGGGAGGUAGAAGGAAAGUGGGUUGUCAAAGGCGGUCACAUUGAAGUCGACAUUGGUGCCAACCCUUCUGCCGAAGGAGGAGAAGAUGAUGAAGUUGUUGGUGACGAGGAGGGUAUCAAGGUUGUCGACAUUGUCGACAACUUUAGGCUCCAAGAGCAACCUGCCUAUGAUAAGAAGCAGUUUAUUGCAUGGGUUAAGAGGUACAUCAAGAACUUGACUGCCAAGUUAGAGGGUCAUAAGGCUGAUGAGUUCAAGAAGAACGUCGAGGCAGCAACUAAGUUUCUGAUGUCGAAGCUCAAUGAUCUUCAGUUUUUCGUGGGUGAGAGUAUGCACGAUGAUGGUGCUACAGUCAUGGCUUAUUACAAGGAUGGUGCUACUGAUCCAACUUUCUUGUACUUUGCUCAUGGUUUGAAGGGAGUCAAGCAUUGAAGGGUGCGGGUGCAAGUGCUAAGGGAGUAUAGUACUAAUAUUAAUGUUUGGUAUAACCGUUUAAGUCUAGUUUUUUAGGUUAUGUUGUUUUAAGUUUUCUCUGCAUUAAUUUGUUAAAUUUUGGUAUCUAAUCCGUAUUAGAUUUCCUAAACGCAAUAUAAUUCUUACUUUCUUAGCAUAUAUUAAAAUCAUGUUAUU